AUGGCAAAACCAACAGCUGCAAUUACAUACACUUCAACUCAAGGUGAAGUUGCAACUACCAGAGGACCCACACUGGCAACAGAGAGUGUUAUAAUGAGAGACUAUCUCGGACCACCAAGAACUAUUUUUGAGCUGCUGACAGAGAAUGGCCUAACAGUGUUUGCUUCACACAUAAGCAAAUACCCAGCUCUAAAAAAAAUGCUGGAUUCUGAUGCAAAAGGGGUGACAGUGUUUGCUCCAACAAACUCUGCAUUCGAUGAAAUGAUAGUGGAAGAAAAAGAAAAAAUCGCAAAUGGAAGAAACCUCUUGCAUCUUGUAUUGAGCCAUCACAUUGUUGGAGGUAAUCUUCAGAUCAAUGGCUUAAGAUUCAAGGAGCUGACAAGUUUUGCCGAUUAUCCUCUCAUUAUUCGAUCAUUUGAAAGGCGAUUAAUGAUCGACAAGGCAACGAUUAUAGAAAAAGACAUAGUUGCCUCCAACGGACACCUCAACAUCAUUGAUAAUGUCAUUGUCCCUAUCGACAACACGAUGUUCGGAGUACUUAGGCAGCUCGACCGACCCAAAAUCACAAUAUUCCUAAAGCUUAUCGAAUCAGCUGGGAUGAACGAUGUUCUUGAGAAUUUCACAAGGGCCCGACUAAUGCUCUGGAUACCCACGGAUGAAGCAUUCCAGAAACUCGGCUCGCGUACAUUGAAAGCUUUGUUUUUACAGAAAGAAAAACUACGACAACUUCUCAAUUAUCACAUGACGCCUGGGUAUUUUAGCACAAAACUGAUGACUACACGAUGGGUAUAUGUCUUCAUAACUCGCCACAACAAAAGCCGGCUGCGUGCCCGUAAGUUCAACGACAAGCCCACCGGACUGAUGUUAUUUGGUUCACAAAACAGCCAAGCUCGCAGUGUAAAAUUAAACGUUGUGGCCACAAAUGGCCUAAUUCACUUCAUUGACUCCGUGCUUAAUCCACCGAACUUUAGUGUAUUCGAUUAG